AUGGCUCCUCAAUCGUUUCUGGGCAGAUUUGCUUUCCUUUGUGUCUGUCUGCCGUGGCUGUUUGGCUCAUCGUUGGCGACACCAACCCCGCCGAAGAAUGGAACAUGCACAAAGACUAAGGUGGUCAUUUUGGGUGCGGGCAUGACGGGAAUUGCCGCUGCGCAAGCUUUAUAUAACGCUUCAGUAACAGACUUUAUCAUUGUGGACGUCAACGAUUAUAUUGGGGGUAGAGUCAAGCAUACCACAUUUGGAAAGAAUGCUUCGACAAGUGAGCCAUAUGUAGUGGAACUCGGGGCCAAUUGGGUCCAAGGUCUAGUUUCUCCAGAGGGACCAGAAAAUCCAAUUUGGACUUUAGCGAAGAAAUGGGGUUUAGAAAAUACGUACUCGAAUUAUUCUAUGAUUCAGACCUAUGACCAGCAUGGAGCUGCAGAUUUCGCUGGCCUUCUAGACGACUACGAGACUGCAUAUGCAACAGUUGAGCAAGAUGCUGGAACGAUUCUAACAGACAAUCUCCAAGAUCGAACGAUGAGGACCGGGUUGAGCAUCGCAGACUGGAAGCCGAAGAAGAAUAUGCAAGCACAAGCUGCCGAAUGGUGGGAAUUUGAUUGGGAGUAUUCAUAUUCUCCAGAUCAAUCUAGUCAGACGUUCUCGAUUAUUAACUUCAAUGACACUUUCUACCAAUUCAGUGACGAAAACAAUUUUGUGAUCGACCAACGUGGUUUCAAUUACAUGAUUGAGGGCGAGGCAUACACAUUUCUCACCCCAAACGAUACGCGUUUACGACUCUCCACCAAUGUCACUAGUAUUACCUACAGUUCUUAUGGUGUUAUCAUUGGUAUGGCUGAUGGAUCUUGUAUUCAAGCGGACUACGCAGUCUGCACAUUCAGCCUUGGUGUCCUUCAAAACGAUGUUGUAACCUUCGAUCCGGUCUUACCUGCUUGGAAACAGGCAAGUAUCGAGGGUAUGCAAAUGGGAACCUACACUAAAAUAUUCUUCCAAUUCCCCCCGUCUGCAGACGGGACCUUCUUCUGGGAACAUGGCGACGAUGCGGCAACUCAAUUCUUUCUUUACGCCGAUCCGACAGAACGUGGAUACUAUCCCGUUUUUCAGUCACUAAACGCUCCAGACUUCAUCCCUGGUUCUGGUAUUUUCUUCGUUACGGUGGUUUAUGCACAAUCAUAUCGCGCCGAACAGCAGUCUAAUGAUGCCACAAAGGCAGAGGUCAUGGAAGUUCUCAGAACUAUGUUCGGAAGUGAUAUUCCUGAUCCAAUUGACUUUAUGUAUCCAAGAUGGAGUACAGAGCCUUGGGCAUAUGGAAGUUACUCUAACUGGCCUCCGGGACUGAGUCUUGAAACCCACCAAAAUCUCCGAGCAAAUUUAGGGAGACUGUGGUUUGCAGGAGAAGCAACUAGCGUUGGGUAUUUUGGGUUCUUGCAAGGAGCAUACACUGAAGGGCAAUUCGUUGGUAAUACUAUUGCUGGUUGCUUGGGCAACAACAAGACUAUUUGUAAGAACGAGGCCUCAUAUUCUAAGAUAAGAGGGUGUACAACAAGCGAACGGCAGUUGACCGCUAAUAAUGGUUGGUUCGUAUCAAGUAUGCAAACCUUUGGAUUCGAAGAAUAG